GUCUAUGCGUGGCCACUUACGCAGCUUAUCGAGUGGCAGGAACAGAACGAGCGAGGUGGCGAAGACAAGCUGAAGGCUUGCAUGAAGGAGAUCUUCAAGCAGCCCGGCGGCGAGUUCAAUGCGGGGAGGGACGGGGGGAAUGAAACAAGGGACCGGAAUUCUGCCUUCUUCAGCUCUCAUAAAUACGCGCAUGGCUUGGCCCUGCUGGAGGUGCAAGGUAUGGCUCCGAAGCCGCAGCACCUGGAAGCCCUCCGAAUGCCCAACUCCAGGUCUAUGCAGGGCUAA